ACGAGUGAAGAAGAAAAGCUUCGCACAGCGAACGAGUACCAGUCGGAGUCGCAAUCCUUACAGCUCAUCCCUGCCGGCGUGAGCCAAACGUCCAAAAAUCCGCACCACUCCGUCGGUGUUCCUCGGCGAGUGUCCGAUGAAUUGAGUCAGCGCGGUGCUCGAAAAAAUGGCCGCCUAUGGACGGCAUCCUCAGCCGCAGCGCUCUCGGUCUCUGCCGACCUUACUGGACUCGUCGGGUCGAGUCAACAUGCGUCCCAUCAGCGUGGGCAGCAUUGAUACGCCGGGCUCGUUUGCACCCAUACGCAGGUCAUCGUCCUGGAUUGCAACGACAAGUUUCGGCAUAGAGAGCUCCCGCCGCGCGUCCCUGGCACCUGCGGUCGCGGCCGCGGCGGCGGCCUUGCGGGUCCCGUUGUCGGCACGUCGGAUGUCCCAAGGCAACAGCUUCACCAGUGGCAUGCAGCGACGCCCGUUAACGCCGUUCUGCUACGCCGUGAUCGCCGCCUUGUGCCUGGUGGUGUCACUGGCCGUGCUUUUAUCCUUCCUGUUGUGGCUCCUAGAAGGCGGCGAAAGGGACCCGUCGGCGACGUGCACGAGCCACGCGUGUCGCGAGUACGCUCAGCUGCUGCUCGCCUCGCUCAACUUGUCCGUGAAGCCGUGCCACAGCUUCACGCGCUUCGUGUGCGACGGCUGGCGGAGGCGCCAAUUGCUCGGCGUCCAGGAGGAGGCCUUCGGUUCCGCCAGCGAGAAGAUUGCGCGCAUUGUGCGCGCCAUCGACGUGCACCCCUCGGGACAGAAGCCACUCGAACGGGCGGCCAUGCUGUACAGGAGUUGCAUCGCCGUGCUGACGACACCGAUGGGCGAGUUUGCCGACGUGAAGGCCGCACUGCGCGCGGCCAGUGUAACGUGGCCUCACCAACCUCCUCCGAUUGAACGACGAGACCUGCUGCGCAUGAUGUUCCACUGUGACUACACGCUGGGAUGGAGCGCCGUGUUCCGUGUCGACCCUGAGCUGUACAAGAACUCGACCAAGGCCUACGUGCUCACCGACUCGGGCUUCAACUUCAUCGUGCGCCAGUACCACGAGCGGCACUCGGAGGCGCACCGUGAGCUCUACUUCACCCGCCUUCGGAACGCGUUUCGGGACACGGACGAAGCAGCAGCCUCGGAUGUCAUCACUUUCAAUGAGACGCAGCGGCUGGAGGAAAAUAUGUUCGGUCCGCUGAUAGCAGCCUUCCACAAGAACGCGCCGAAAGUUUCGACGGUGCCUGCUGACGUGGUGUACAACGCAUCGGCCAACCUGUCGCUGGACCGGUGGACGGAGGUGUUUCAGCGUGAAGGCGUCGAGCUGGUCGGGCAACUGGAGUUCCGCACAUGGAACCUGCCCUUCUUCAGCACCUUCGUCGACCUGUUGGCGAAACACGGAGAGCUGGACAUGUACGCCUACGUAUCCUGGUGCACAGUGCAGGUUGCGGCACUGUUUGCCAGCGACGAGCUCGUGGUGAACUUCUACGGGCACCCGCAGCGAGCGCUGGUCUACCACGGUGCGUUCUGCCUGAGCCGCGCCUACAUCGCGGCCAGCAAGGCGCUGCUGUCUGACUACGCCCGCGAAGUACUACCUGCAGUAGCGCGCCGCCACGCAGAGUCCAUCGCGUUGGCUGUUCGAGCCGCUUUCCUGGAACGCCUGUCCACCUGGACCGACUAUGACGCUGACGUGAGCGUGAUAGGGUCGUGGGAGGAAGUGUCGCUGACUUUCAGCAUCUUUGCGCCGCCGCCCGAGCAUAACUUCACCGACAUAAUCGUGGGUGAGAUGGGCGACUCGUUCCUGCAGAACUGGCAGAACGCGUGGAAUUCGCGCACUAACUACCGCGCCAUCGACAUCAAGAUUGCGAUCACGGCCAUCGAGACCCUGGCCUUCUCUGCGGACGUCGAGUAUCGCAAGGACUUCAUCUUGAUGCCCUAUGUCUUGUCUUUCCCGUACUACGACACGAACGCAAUGUCGCCCCUCAACUACGGCGGGUUCGGCGCUCAGGUGGCCUUUGCCGUGGGACAGAGGUUCCACGACACGUAUCUGAGCGCGGGAGUCGGCGGGGACUCGUUCAGAACAUUCCUGUCCUGCAUCUCAAACCGCUCGCUCUCCGUCGAGCGCACAGACACGGCGUCGUUAUUCGCCGAGGUCGUUUCCUUGGGUGCCCUGGUAGACGCGUACCACAACGUCAGCGAUAACCGGCGCCUUGUCCUCCUGGAACGCAUGACGGACAAGCAGCUGCUAUUCAUCGCCAUCUGCUAUGCCAAGUGCAUCGGCAGUUACUACAUCGUCAACGAUUCGAUGUGCGAUGUGGUGCUGCAGAACGUGCCGGAGUUCUCCAAGGCCUUCGACUGCAUGCCGGGCACACCCAUGAACCCCCACCAACAGUGCAAACUCUUGUGA